CCGAUCGGGGAAUGAGUGCCAGAGGAUUCAGAUUGUGGUUCACUAGAUCUUUUCGUUCUGCCUCUAGGUCUUCUACAUCUGAAACCACUACUCCAAGGCAUUCCGACCCAUGACUUUGGAAUGCAGUUUGAGCAAUACCCAAACUUUGGCUGUGGCUUGCAUCACCCAUAAAAAUCGCCGGAAUGUUGAAUGUAGAGCAAAGUUUCGCUGCCCAAUGUAACGAAUCAUCGCUUUCGGUGUAGGUACUGACCAUAACAAAAUCAUUUGUAGAUGAAUACUCGAGAUAUUUUUUAAUGAUGAAUUCCACAAGUUCAUCUUCUCGGUUUUCUGCAAGCAUUUGCAAAGCUUCAUCUUCGGUUACACCAUACAUAGUGGAUUCAGGAGUGCUCAACUGAAAAUGCUCUUUCAUCAACUGAAUACGAUAGUCAUCGGCACCGGAGCGCUUCGCUAUCGGGCGAAAGUAACCAAUUUUAUCAACACUUGCAGCAAAGAUGCUCAUCAAACCAAUUUCUCCGAAUGCGGUGUAUGUACUACCCAAAGAGUGGCAGAACAGGUUGGUUUUCACUUCGCUUAAUUUUGGCAACGAAUCGAUGGCUUUGACCUUUGGUUUUGGUAAAACAAGGUUAGAUGACUGCAUGGCAAUACUGAUUUCUUCAUCAGUAGGAACAACGAGAACUUCUACCGUUGAAAAGGACCGAGAAAUGCUCAUGCUACCAUUUGGACUGAUGGCGUUCUUAUUUUUUGCAGGGUCUACUCCAAUUUGGAGAUUUUCAUUUAGCCCUUCUAGAAUGGACUGUCUAAUUUCUGCAUCGCCCUCUCCAAUACCCCCUGUGAAGACGAUGGCAUCAAUAUCACCGCCUAGCUUUACAAAGUAACUUCCAAGAUACUUACGGCUAUGAAAGAUAUAAAACAUUGAGAGGUACUGUCAAUCACUAUAAAUAUACAUAUACAGGCCAGCAUCUGUUGACUUCAAACUCACCAGCGUUCAGCAAAAACUUCCCGUGCCAACCUGCAAUCACUGUCCCCUUUCAAUGCAUUCUUUUUUAUAACUCGCAUGUCAGAAGUAUCACCAGCCAAACCUAGUAGUCCAGAUUUCUUAUUGAGAGUCUCGUAGACUUCAUCUUUGGUGUAACCGUUCUUCAACAUGUAGUCAUAAAUUCCUAGAUCUGUAUCUCCAGAUCGCGUCGCCAUUACUAGGCCUUCGAGUGGUGUUAAACCCAUGGUUGUAUCAAUUGAUUUACCAUUCUUGAUGCAGCACAUACUUGCUCCACCGCCCAAAUGCAUCACAAUCAGAUUAAGGUCAUCAGAAUUCUUCCCAAGGUAUUUCGCUGUUGUUUCCAUCACAUAUUGAUAGCUUGUUCCAUGAAAUCCAUACUUUCUAAUACCAUAAUCUUCGUACAAUUUUUUCGGAAUUGCAUAUCGGUAUGAUGAAGGGGGCAUCGUAGCAUGGAAUGCUGUGUCAAAUACAGCAACUUGGGUUGCUAAUGGAAAUGAUUCUCUUGAUGCUUCUAUUCCAGCGGCAGCGGCUGGGUUGUGAAGGGGAGCUAGCGGAAUCAGCUGUUUGAUUUCUUCCAAUUCGCCAUUUCCAAUGAUGGUUGGUUUUGAGAAACUCGAUCCGCCGUGGACAACUCUGUGACCUACGCAUUCGAUUUCGUUGGUACAAAUGUUUUCUUUUUUUUGCAAAAUAUCCAACAGCAUCCGAAAACCAUCGGUGUGGGAGGGUAUGGGCUCACCUUGGAAAACAAUCGAACUGUUGUGGGUAAUUGUCCCGUUCUCGCAUGUUCCGACCUUAUCAACCAAGCCCGAGCAUACAAGUUCGGCAUCUAGUGUACAUGCUUCGGAUUUUCGAUUUACAUCGUAAAGUGAAUAUUUUAGCGUCGUUGAACCGGAAUUCACUGUGAGCGUUUUGAUACCUCUCGCCGACACCCGUCGAUCUAAAGAGACGCUGUUUCGAAGCUUUUGGAGAGUCCUCGUGGAUAGAGCCCUCGAUGCAUUUCGAAGAGCCGAAGAAACAUGUAUCAUGUUGUGGCAACAGUUCGCAACGCAUAUGGUUGAUAGGUCAAAACAAGAUUUCAGUUUUCCACUGCAUUGACUAUGAAAAAGAGCCACUCGGGUUUGAACUGAAAAAAAUACUACGGUCUGUAAAAAAUAGAAUCCUUUUCAUUGCUGGGAAAUACGACCCAAUAUGAGGUCUCGCAUACUGAAAGGGGAAACAGAGACAUCGAACGUUCCUUGCACGGCACCUAUUAGAGAGUGUGCAGAACACACGUCUGGGUUCAACACCAGUCGUGCUCUCAGAUCGGGCAAUACAGCACCACGUCACAACACAUUAAUACGCGUUGUGGAUCAAUUGAAACUACGUUUCGUUGCCAAUUUUAAUUUAAGAUACAGUAGCGAGUGUUAGAAAUAACGUGCCAAAAAAUGUUAUUUUACUAGGUGAAAAAUAACAAUUGAAACUUCGUUAAUUGAGGCAUUGGGAACGUUAAAGGGUGAAAUUACAUUAAUUGAGGCAUUGGGAAUGUUUGAUUUAACAUUCCGAAUGUUAAUUUAACGUUCAGAAUGUUUCAUUUAUGAGGUAGGCUCGUAGAUCCUAGUCUAGUAUUCAAUUAAUUGGCAUUCUCCAAUGUACUAGUAGCGCUACCUACCAAACAAACCAAUUAUUUGGGUCUUGCACAUACCUUAAAAACAAGGAAGAAGGACGUCCUUUCCUGCUAAUAUUCAGACUGCUAAGCAAAGUAUUCAGGACGUCAAAUUGAAGCAAAAAACACAGUACUCAUUUCCUUUCUUGGCAGCAGCGAGAUUUGCCAAGAGGGCCAAGAAGUAUUUGAUUGGCGUGAAGGCAGACAUUGGACUGGUAUGAGUACCGUACCUCCUGUACUGGUUCAAUUACAGUAGAUCUUGUUCUCCAAAAGAGCUUGAAAAGUUGUUUUGACUAGGCUCUUCUCAGCUGGUGCUGUAGUGUAGACCACAACAGGAUCAUGAUAGAGAAUCUCAAGCAUUUUCUUGAGCAUUUAUUCCACCAAACUUUUGGACAUGAUCAGCAGCAGUAAGAAAUUGAUGACUGUGUCAAUGUGAUGCUGUUGUGGGGAAACUUCUUCAUUCCAGAAGAAAAGGUGUUGUUGUUCCACAACCAAGCAACAAGAACUGUCAGCAACAUUGUUGUAUCACAUGACACAAAGCAGUAUUCAACACUUGAGAAAUAUGAUUUGGUACUGAAAUCAGCAGACAUAUUGUUUCCUGGUAGUAGUACUACUAGUACUACCACCAGUAGUACUUCAGUACUUUUAAAUUUAUCAUUGCUGCCAAAAGGGUCAACAACAUUCUGGAAGAAGCAUCCUCCUGUUGUAAUCAAGUUGGAUGUUCCCAUAAUAUAUUUUUGUAUUCCUCUUGUAGUAUGACCUUCUGCUACAACCUUCUGCUACUGAAAGUGCAACUUUGUUAGCAAUGUUAUCUUCUUUUUUGUUUGCAUCACAUGAGAGGUAUGUAGCAGGAAGCAGCAGAUCACAAAUCUUCUUGUUGUUGUGUUAUUCCAGGAGAUCAAAUGAGCUUCUUUCUUGAUGCUGUCUGUGAGAAAGUGCACAAGAAAACAUCAUCACAAAGCACUAGCUCUAGUCAGCAAAAAUACUGAUAUAUUUCACAAUACUUUCAGCACAGCAGCUUGUAUAUUGUCUGGGCAUAAAGACAGCAAUCAUGAUAUGUCGGUAUUCUCACCAGAUGGGGUGAUUGCCCAGGCCAGAACAACCAUUGGAUCAUAUCAUGGAGAUCUCUCCGAUUAUGUACUAUUGAUUGUUCUUUAUCAUGGAAAGAAACACCAAGUAUGAUGGCUGGGCAUGGUCAAUAUUCAAAACAAAAAAUUACAACAAGGAAAUAGUGUUGCUGUGAAGAAGGCCUGUUGAAUCUGGUAGGCUCAAUUUUGCUAAGGAAUGAAGUCACUGGAAUAGUAGUGUGUGAUUGAAGCCCUUGCAUGAUGUUUUGUUCUGUACUGUAGCAUUGGAUUAUAUUAUUUUCUUUAAAGAUAGGAUUUCAAUCUUGAACUUUAGAAAUACCAAAUCAGUACAACAUUCCUGCACAACCUUCUGUGGAUUUAGAAAUAAUAAAUUUUGGAAAUAAGUUGCAAGGAAGAGGAUUUGACUUGUAUGAUCACCAAAAUAAAGAAUACAGAGGACAAAAGUGGAAUUCUUGGCCCAAUGAACAAAAGAAAUAAAAGACAAAAGUAGAGUUUUUGCAAACACUAGAACUGAUGUCAAAUCAUGGUACCAUUACCAAUUGACUGAGGUAUCUUGCAAUGCUUAAGUUCCAGUUCCUUUUGAUUGGUGGUUGAAAUGAUGAUAGGCGCAUGUGGGGAAAGAUAGCUUAAAAAAUCAGCUAAAUUUCCACAGUUCCUUACAGCAAAGUUAAAAUGGUCUAAGAAUACAAGAGAGGAACACAAUUGCCCAAAACAGAUACUGCUUGGUUAUAUGGACCAUCGAUCUUGUGUGGUGCUGGGGCCUGCUCUAUUCCUUCAAAAGUGGUGCAAAGAUGGUGACAGAGCAGCAAGCCUAUGGCUAUUCACUGAAGGAAUUACAGAUAGGAGGUCUUGAGCAAGGGAUAUUGAGAAAGAGGUGAAUAAAGGAAAGAAUGCUUACUCUAGAUUCAUUACUACUAAGCACUAUGUGUUUGAUAAUGAAGCCUUUGUUGCUGAAAGACCAGUGUCAGAAGGCAAGCUGGGCACUCAUUCCUUUCAGAAGUUCACCACAACUUAGUAUGCAAGACAGUGUGGUGGAAGCAGGGAUGAUGUCAAUUAUAGAGCUAGUAGAUUGAAGUCUAGAAGGCAACAGGAUCAAUACACUGGCACCCAGCUUGCUUGGCCAGAUAUUAACAUUGCAUCAAAGCUUUUUUUCAAAGGAAUCUGUCUGUACAAGCCACUGCAUCAUGGAAGGACCGGAAUCACUGAUGAGUGGCUUGCUUCUUCUGUAGCCCCUAUUUUUUAAUAGGAAAGGCUUUGCUAUGGGCCUGUUUUUGAGCCAGCAAUACAAGGAUUGGUUCCUGAGGAUAUAAAGAGUGAUGUUGUUGCUUCUUGGAUUCAAUUGGAUUAUUGUCUGCCAGUUGCUGACAGGUUAGAUUGUGAUACAAAUCCUAUCAAGAGAGUAGAACUCAUUGCUAAUGAGGUUAAUGAACAGGUCCACUUUGAUGAGCUUGCUGAUCUGGAUGAUCUGCUGGAUGGUGGUGGGCCUGGUGGUGGCAGAGGAGGAGGAGCCUCUGGAGCUGCUGGUGGCACCAUGAUUGGUAUUAGAAGGACUCAGUUGCAGUGGAAUCAUGCAAUGUUUUCCAAGCUGUUUGUCACGGCUAAUGAAGUGAAUGGUAUUAAGAGGAAUAGACAGAUUGCCACUGAAGCAAAGUUCAAUCGGAAGCUGAAUAAAGCCAUCAAGUUGUCCCAACAAGCUGCAAUGGCCCUGGUCAUAAGAAGGAGGCCUGCCCCCUGGGCUGUUAACAGUGGCACGUCGGAAGCUGCCAGAAUUGAGGGAGUAGCUGAGCUGACUACAUCUCCUCAUGAUCUUUAUGUCCUCUGGAAUGAAUGGGAAGUGGGAGUUGGUCUUAACAAGCCUGUGAAGGACUUUACUGUUGCUGAACUUGGCAGAGUGAAGAGCAAGUUCUUCAGGAGGAUGAAGUUCUGGAAGUGGAUGAAAAGACUGAUCAGUGCUGGUUGUACUUCUGAAGUUGCUAUUAGGAGAAGUAUGGUGGUUUAACCAAGAGGGUGUCAUAUAUCCUUAAAGCUAUGGUUCCUCAUGAGGCCCAUGGAGGCCACACAUUCUUGCUUUGUGGUCCUGCUGUCAAGGCUGCUUCUUAAUCCUCCUCUGCUGUCGUCAUUGUAUUUGUUCUUUGUUGCAUGUCCUCUGUCCUUACUACUUGUCCCUCCCUUAUAUUUAAAGAACAUAAAGGUGUACUGUGUACAUGUUAUCUGUUAGCACUGUUAGUGCUUUGUUUAGCUGCUAUCCUCAACAACAGGGGCUUGCAAGAUAGUAGUAGCUGACAGAGAAGAGUGUCGGUGAGUCGAAGUUAUUGUUGUGAAUUACUCUCCUGGUGACUUGUGUUUUUCCCAUAGAAUUUGCCUUAUGUGCAAUUAUGUGAGUACUUCUCAUCAAUCACUCUGAUAAUCUAGCACGCUGCGCACUGGCUUGGUGCACCUACAUAGAUUAUGAACUGUGUUGUACAGGGUUUAUAUUUCAGUUCAUAUUCCUUUGUGUAUCUGUCCGGUACUACGAGUCCCAGGCAGACUGUACGGUACUUCUGAUUAUUUUUUGUCAUGAUUGGGGGUUCCUUUACAAUGAAUGCUUUUUGAAAAGCAACAUUACGCAAGGCCCGUAACCGUUGAGUAGCAUCGAAAUUACAUGUAACCACGCCUGCUUGGUUACUAAACUGGUACACGAUUUGAUGAGCAAAUCAUGCGUACAAACACUAGUUAUUUUUUGCUUGAGUACAUGCACCUCAACUGGUUACAAAACCGCGCGGACUGAAUUUUGUAACCAGGACUUGAAACCAAACCCUUUCCUAAUGAGAGCCCAUAUUUUUUACACGAUACUACUAGUAGUAUGGUUACAAAAAAAAGGGUCUGGUUACAAAAAAAGCGCACAGGGCACUUGUGCGUGCUUGUAACCAGGCGCAUGCACCUCAACAGGUACAAACUAAAAAACUGUCUUCACUACUGUAAAUACGUAGUAUCAGUAAUUGUACACAGUAUCUUGUACGAGGAGUACUAAAAAAAUGUGAGCACCAGUUGGAAGCUGGAAAAACUGAUCUUGAUUGCUAUUCCAGUACAAACUCAUGUAGAAAACACCGUAGAAAUAUUGAGUUGCAGGGGGACACAAGCAAAAAAAACAAGCAAAACACCAGCACGGCUCCUCCGUACUAUCAGCAACUCGUAUCAGUGUCCUCCGUAUCGUAUCAGCGGUUUGCUUKCUCCUCCGUAUUGUAUCAGCGGUUUGCUCCUCCGUACUAUCGUAUUAGCAGCGGAUGCCGUGUCAGUGAGCAUCCUCUGUGUCAGCAUUCUCCGUAUCAGUGAGCAUCCUCCAUAAAGCAGUGCAGUCACCUUGCGCUGUGUGGUUACAUGUAAUUUCGUUGCUACUACUACUACUAGCUAGUACUCAAUGGAUUAAGUAACAAAUAACUGUGGCAUCGCAUCGGUCCCACGCCACAAGUAUCUUCAACACUAACAACAACAAGCUCUCGAGCUAAAGCUCUUGCGCUUGUUGUUGUUAGUGUUGCAGAUACUUGCAGUAAGAACCUCACUUUGAUCUCCAGCUAAAGCUCUCGAUCUCAGUGAUGUUACUGGUGUACCAUAAAUGUGACCAGAAUGUGUACUCUAUUGAGCUUCGUAUUAUCGCGAGAAGAGUUUUUGUACUGUGUGCUCUCGAGCGCACGCGGACCGUGCGACGCCACAGUUACUCUACAUAACGGUACGUACUGUACAUCCGUAUGAAGAACUAACAAUGGUACUACUCGUACGGUACUCGUACUCGUACUCGUUCCGUAGCCUGCAAAGGUAGGACGAACGACACCAGCGAGUAAGGUACAGUACCUCCUUUACCAAGAGAACAUCAGCUCUCAUUAUUUCAGUAGUCGGUUCUUGUUGCUAAACUUACACUAAUGGUAGCUCACUAGGAAUGACAGACUUGAACAUCCAAAAGCUUAUCAAUUUACUUUAGGUCCCGACAACAAGGGACGGCACCUAGAAGAAAGUUGAUCAAAUUAUACCACAGAUGUCUCAUUCGCCGAGUGGGAAAGCAUCAUCAUCUAGCAUGAGGUACCAUGAUUCGUUAGUAACGCAUGAGUCUGAAACUGGGUCUGCAUCAGUGAGCUCUCGGUUAGAUAUGUAUAAUUCUGAUCGUGAAUCAUUGGCGCAGCCCUCUGACAACGGUAAUCUACCUCCAAAUAUCAACCGAUAUCAAUCGCAUCAAAAUCAAAUCCAUGACGAGGACCACCAACAUCUUAAUCGUUAUCAAACAGAACAAACACAUGCGUCUCCAACGAUGAUUCAAUCACUACCUCGUUCAAAUCCUAUCGCUAUCAAACGUAACCCGGGGGAUGGGAAUAAAGAAACCUAUGACAGCGAUAUUGAUGAUGACGACAGCGAUAUUGACGUGGAAGGUGAUGCUAUCAAACUGAAACGAAAGUAUGGCGAAAAAGUAGUUCAGACAUAUGUCCAAGACUCAACUAUGAUGCAUUCUUCGAACAAUAGAAUGCGGGAUAAAACAUCAGUUCUAAAUGCACCAUACCUAGGAAGUUUGAGCAAAUCGAGCAAUCAAGUCUCGAGUCUACCUCCAAUGAGUCUAGCCGGAGAUGACAUGUAUCUUGGAGAACCGCCUGAAUCAACUGUGAUGGGAUCAUUGAGAGACUCCCACCAACGAAGACGUUUUAUGGAUGGCCCUGCUAGUUAUAGAGAACGCCACUCAGGAAAAAUAUGUCACUUAGAUCAUAGACUUCGAUUUCACGGAAAACAACCAGAGCUUAACAUCGGGGAACGUUUACAACAAUCUCUUUUACGUAAGAAGGAAGAAAGCAGAAAGUUACGAGGCACCACAAUGGGUGGGGAAGGCGAACAAGAACGAAAGCCUGUCGCAUCUUCACUUACAGCUAUGAUGAGAGACGCGCCACAAAGUGUGAACACGGUAAGCUUAGGUGGUGCAGACGCGAAAGAAGGGUAUUCUUCUUCGAUAGGACACGAGAGUUUGGUACCCAUUCGUAAAGAAAACGAUCACAUAGCUUCAACGCUGCGCAAGGAACCACCUGCCUGGAAUAUGCUAUCGACUUCUCUAACUGCUUUUGAACUACUAAAGACUUCGAACGCAGAGACAAUCUCACGCAGUAGCAACAACUUUACCGAUCAAUCGUCUUCAGUGGAACGUGCAACUGAGUCGAAUCACCAGCAGACGGCAGAGAGUAGAUAUGAAGGUGGGUUUCAGCCGCUGGCACGCUCAAUGUCGGAUCCAUCGCCGUGCUUUCAAAGUCUCUCUCUUUCCGAUAAUACUUCCUCGAGGAGAGUGAUACCAAAUCUACAAACUGAUGGGUUUGAAACGGGAAUGGGACAGGCAAUCCAUCAACCUAGUAGUAGAGCUGCCGAGGACUUUGUCGCACAGUUUAGAACGGAACUCAAAAACUAUCCUUUUGUAGGCGGUUAUGGAAACGAACGAACUCUUUCUUUGGAGUCGCAACGUCAAGUGAACAUUUUCAACGACACCAGUGGACAUAGGUCUCCACAAGACCACGAUCCAAAUACGGAAGGAGCGUUCGGUGACUUAGAUAUGUAAUCAACAUUGAUUAUUCUUGUGUGAACACACAUUUCAACAGAAAACUGGGAUUUUUAAUUCAUCAACUUUCUAGUAAAGUUAAAUAACGUCG